GAGCAGGGGGCUGAGCUGAUCCCACGUGUGACGCUUUCAUUCCCGGCUCAGUAAUAUUCUCAUAGCGGGGCUUUGCAUAUCUCCUGCCGUAUCUGUGUGUGUCUGUCACUGUGACUGUAGUCCCAGCCUAUAGUUUGAAAUAGAUAUGGAAGGAGACGGGAGUCAAGCCACAUCCGGAAGCCUAAAUGAUUCACAACAUGACCCGGGUAAAAUGUUUAUCGGUGGCCUCAGCUGGCAAACCUCACCAGACAGCCUUAGAGACUAUUUUAGUAAAUUCGGAGAAAUAAGAGAAUGUAUGGUGAUGAGAGACCCCACGACAAAACGCUCAAGAGGAUUUGGGUUUGUUACGUUUACAGAUGCUGCCAGUGUAGAUAAAGUCUUAGCCCAACAACACCAUGAAUUAGACUCAAAGACGAUUGAUCCUAAGGUUGCCUUUCCUCGUCGCGCCCAGCCUAAGAUGGUCACAAGAACAAAGAAAAUAUUUGUGGGUGGCUUGUCAGCCAAUACGGUAGUGGAGGAUGUGAAGCAGUAUUUUGAACAGUUUGGGAAGGUUGAUGAUGCCAUGCUUAUGUUUGAUAAGACUACUAACAGACAUAGAGGAUUUGGUUUCAUAACUUUUGAGAGUGAAGACAUCGUAGAGAAAGUCUGUGAAAUUCAUUUUCAUGAAAUCAAUAACAAAAUGGUAGAAUGUAAGAAGGCCCAGCCCAAGGAGGUGAUGUUCCCACCUGGUACACGAGGGCGAGCCAGGGGUCUGCCCUACACCAUGGAUGCCUUCAUGCUGGGGAUGGGCAUGCUGAGUUACCCUAAUAUUGUGGCAACAUAUGGCCGCGGAUACACUGGAUUCGCACCCAGCUACAGCUACCAGUUCCCUGGCUUCCCAGCGACAGCGUACGGACCGGUGGCGGCAGCGGCGGUAGCAGCAGCGCGUGGCUCAGGUAGGGGGGCCCGUGGAAGAGGCGGCUACUUGGCGUACCCACAGAGCACAGGGCCAGGCCUCCCCGAUUACGGGUUUUACUCUGCGCCCAGUGACCAGAGGGGGGGGCCCUGCUCCUUUGCUGACUAUGGCUCCCUGGGGCCCCAAGCGGCUCAGAUGCUGCACAGUGAGCAUGCCACCUCCGCCUGCAACUCCCCCCUCCAGCACCUACACAGCCCGGAUCAAUUUAAGAACCCAGGCGCCAACCCAUCAAGGCCCGGAGGUUUCCCUGGUGCUAACAGUCCAGGGCCUGUGGCUGACCUGUACGGACCUAGCAGCCAGGAUUCGGCUGUGGGGAACUACAUCAGUGCUGCUAGCCCUCAACCUGGCUCUGGGUUUGGCCCCAGCAUCACAGGCCCGUUGAUUGCGACAGCUUUUACAAAUGGAUACCAUUGAACAGGUGGCCGGUUGCCAUCUCAUCAGAGCAGAGUUUAUCUGGUGGCCCAGGAAAGACAGGACGAAGUUUCUAAUUGGCUUUGUGUGCAGGUGAUGCUAUCCAACUUCAAGCACUACAGCGUCACCCAGGCAAAAAGAACGAAAGUCGGAACCAUAUGAAGAAGAAAAGAAAAUGUUAGUCAUCUCAGAAAAAUAACAACUGCUGUACUAUAAUCCAAACCUCCUAUAACUUUACAACCUGGUUUGGUAUGAUGUUUCACGUCAAUUUCAUUCAUCUAUUUCCUUCCUCUGUUAGCUUUUGUUUUGAUUAGUUUUUAGAAAGUCAUUUUAGUUUAACCUUCAUUUUGUGUCAUUUGAUUUUAUCUUAUAGUAUAUUUGUGUAAAUGGAUUUUGUUUGAAGUGCGGGGGUCAUAGCCAAGAAUAUCUGCAAGUCAUGUCUUCAUCUUUGUAUCGGUUAGUGUAAAGGAGAAAUGAUUGGAUGUUCCAUUCAGUCUUUCCGCAAAAAAAGAAGCUCAGUGUGGAGACAGAGAGGAAAAAAAAUACAAUUUUAAGGAAAACUUAAAGAGGGUAUCUAAGUAAUAAAUCUUAGUAGUUGUUUUAUUUCUUGUGAUGUCUCAUUGUUAACCAUAAUUACCUAUUUUUGGGCAAUACAAAGAGGACUCCAAUAUUUUUAUGGUCCUUUUUUAUAAGUGUUGUUUUUGUUGUUUAGAAAUAUAUAUAUAUGCUAUAACAAAUUUCAUAUAACUACAUUGUGAAUUCAAACUUGAGAAAAAUAAAUGUAGCUGUACAUAUUAUUCCAGUCACUGCAUAUAACCAACUCAGUGAGAGAAUAGCAUAUUUUUGUGAUGGUGUGUCAAAAGAACAUGUUAUAGCGUGUGAAUAGAAGAAAAAGCUGUAAACAGUUAUUAUUAUACUUUUUUCUGCUGGAAGACGGUAUAAUGACCCCAGAGACAAACAGAACACACUUGCUCUGUAAAUACUGAAGCUGAAUAAUUUUACAAGUGUCAUACCAGCAAAUUUACAAACGGUGAGUUAAGUCAACACAGUUUUAAGAACUAAAAGAAAAAGAGCCUGAUUGGUAUCUUUUGUCUAACUGUUAAGAUAUCCGUAUCAUUUCAAAGAGAGAGAGAAAAAAAAGAUGAUUUAAUCCAAAGCACACUGUACUUAGAUGUGAAGAUUAGAACUUGAACCAGGCAUUUUACAGUGCUCUGUGCAUCCUGACACUUUUAUACUCUUGAGAGGAACUUGUUAGUUGUAUGUUAUUGUUUGUUUCACCCUGCUUGUUCCUGAUUCAUUUUUGGAACACAAUAUCUGGGCUCUGUGCUAGAGCCUUUAUGUAAUGCUUGUUCUCUGAAUCAGUUCUUUUUGAAUGAAUUAGGAAAGUAAACAUUUUGAUACCAUACCUCAGCCUUUGUGAGUUCUAUUGUGGAAUCAUUGGCAGGUUUAAUUUAUUCUAGUGGCAAAACAAAUGAAAACACUGAAAGGUAAUAAAGCGAGUAAUCAUUGCACUGUGAGUAGUAAAGUACAGGCCAUUUUCCUAUUUGCACAUGUAUAUGUUGGCUUUUUAAAAACGGCCCUGUGCUUUGGGAUAGUAUGAAGGAUUUUUAGGCUGAUGUAUUCUCGACUAGACAAACGCUUCAAUGUUUUGAGGUGAGUUAACAGCUUGGGAAAUAGUAACUGAUAUGUUGCAGUGUACACUUGGAUUUCUUUAUAUAUUAGACACAUGUCUUAUCUAAAGAUAUUUAUACAGGGUCAGGAGAAGACACUGAAUUAUUCACUAUCUGUAGCUGCACCAGGUUUUACACAGAAUGUGUGGUUAAUGAUUUUACUCAUGACAAACAUUUAAUAAUAAUAUGCUCCAGAGUGCAGUCCAGUUUUUAAAAUCAUUGAUGGAAUGAAUGGUGUGUAUUCUGAAAUACUUUACCUGCUGCAGGUGUAUUUGUUGUUUUCAUUUUACCCACUUCUUGUCUCAUGUCUUUUAUUUCAAAACAACCAGGUAAAGAAAUAUGCUGGAUACUUCUAAAGUAAAUGAUAUGGAGGUGUUAUCAAGUAAUAAUUUAAAGAGUAAAGAAAAAAAACCCUUGUAAUGUUCAAAUGUAAAAGAAAAUAAGAAAUACACAACUAUAAAAAAAGAAAGAUGCUUCUUUGCUGAUUUCAAGUUUAAUCAGAGUUUUAUUGAUACUUUGUGGUUUAUAUAUUAAUAAUUGUAAUAUACUAUUAAAAUGUACUGUGCAUCCAUUGCUUUCUCUCUUUCCAUUCCCCAUCCUCAGAGAUCCUACUUCUUUUGUUGAUCAUUCAUGUAUUUCAUUAGUGUGUAAAGAAAUCACAGUUAACUUGUAAACAGAGUGCUGUCUUUGAUACCAGUGUAGUGGUCUUUGUUGUUCUCCCUUGCUCUACCUCUCCUUUCUCUCAUAUUUAUCCCUCUCCCUCUCGCGCUCUUUUUCUAUCUCCUGUAAUUACAAAGUAGAUGUUAUAUAGGACUCAUUAAUAUAAUACUUGUAGUGAAUAGUGGAUUUAGGACCAGUCAAGAUAGACCUUUCUCUAAAUGAUCAUGUUAUUCUGAUAUUUGCAGACAAUUAUUUUGAUAGAGGUUCAUUGUAAUUUAUUCCCUGUAUGUUUUAUUUUUGGUUUGGUUUUGCCACUCUCACAUGGUUUCAGCUAACCAAAGCUCUCAUGGAUGAACAAUAGAGAAACAGUUGCUGUAAGAUGGAAUUGUUCACAAGGCAUUAUUUGGAUCCCCACCCUUGAAUGUUUUAAAAGGGGUGUGCCAUACUACCUUAAAUGCUAACGCUAGAUAUGCAAAACUUUUAUUUUUUAUUAUUUUUUAAGAGGGACAUGAGCUAUAAUCAUGAGUUUUUAUGUAAAAAAAAAUUUCAUAUUUUUUUAAGAAACAUACCAAUGAUUACCACAAUAGUCAUAAUAUCAGGCAUAGUGCUGUUAAAAUAACCAGUUGUAUCUUUUAAUGUUUGUACACUUUGAAAAAAUCCCACAUGCCUCUGGCGCAGUUAUUUUUAGAUAAUUUUUCUCUUAUUUCUCUCAAAACUUGUAUUAAUAAUUCUAAUAAUUUAGAUUCUGGGAACUACAUUUUGUUUUAAUCCAUUAUCAAUGUUGUUCACACAUAUUGACAGUAUAGAGGCAUUGCUGUAUAAAUAAAAAAGACCUACUGCAAAAGACUCCAUUAAACCGAAAACCUCUGGCUCUUAACGAAUAUUACCAGGUGUUAAAGGAUGAGGUGUGGAUCAAGGCUGAUUAAUAGAUGGUUAAAUUCAUGUCCCGACUUUGGACCAGCACCCUAAAGCUGUGAUUCAUUGAUAAGCUAAAUCAGAGCAGAAAAGAUUACAUUAAAACUUGAAUUUAAAUGCUCCCAAGUUUCCUCAAAAUACUAUGUCAAUGGAUGUCCAGUAUUUAAACCAAUUAGAUUUACACAAGCAGCUGUGUUUCAAGCAAAAACAAACCUAUUAUAAAGCCAAUUCAAUUUAGGAGCUCAAGCUGUGUGCACACUCCAACCACAGAUUGAGUUAUUCUGUCAGUAUAAUUUCAAUUAAACGUUAAAUUUAGGUUUUAUAUCCGUUAUUUAAUUUAUUUCACCUGAUGGGGUCUUAAAAUUGAAUACUGUUACAUUAAUAAAUAACAUUAGUGUCUAUUCAUUCUUCUCAUCCUGUAUAGACUGUCAGAUUACAUACAGUAUGUACAGUAAUGGCAGCUUUGUUAGUGACGCCAAUAGACAAAUUAUUCCAGUGAAUCCAGCAAGUAUACAGGACAUUGUGUUAUUUCAAAAUAAGCAAGGUAUCCCAAAAGACAAUGUCCACAUGUUUAGCAAGUCAAAUAAUAUUAAACUUUAUUGUAAAAUGAUAAAAGUAAUUUAUCACAUUGGACAAUACAGGAAAAAUAUAGUAUUUGCCCAAAACUAUAGAAAAACAAAGGUAGGCUAAAAAAAUAAUUUCUUCUUCAAAAAGUAACAUGUUCAAAAUAUUAAUGACUUUUAUUAACUUAUGUUCACCUCAUUUGCAUAUUUUAGUGUCAAAAAUAUCUCAACAGUAUACCAAUAAAUAUAAUAGGACUCAAUUAUGUAAGUGUACCAACUUCUGUGUAGUAAAGUUUUAUUCUGACAGGAUAAGAAGAAAGUGUUCCUCAGUUUAUUUGCAGCAUUGUCCCUUGAAUUUAUCUUAAUAUUUUCUCAAAUAAUAAACCUUAACUCAAACCACCUAUAAACCGAAACAAGAAGCUCAGGAGCUGCAUUUGACUCCAGUUUGGUUUCCAUUUCAUCUGAUAAACCAAUAACAGUGCGACAAGUAUAAAAUACACAUUUUGUUUGUUUCACUGUCGCAGCGCCUGGUGGCUCAUACUCUAUAAUGAACCCUUUUUGACUGAAAAAAUAAAACUUGAAAGGCUCCUUUUCCCUUACACAAUAUCAAAAUUGACUCUUCUACUGUUUUGUGAUCCUGUAGCUUGGACUUUAAGGUAGCAUGGCUCUGUUGCUGUAAUUUCAUUUUAUCUUAAACUGACAGCAGUUUACAGCUGAUGAAUGUUACACAUCUUAGUAGACUAGCUUAUCCAUUUGGGGAGAGGGGAGGGGUCUUGGUUUAAGAAAAAAUAAUCAAAAAAGAAAAAAAGUCAACCUGGAAGGUGUUGACAUUUGUAGUGUACUACCGUAUCCAUUUAAACUUGAAUCUUGAGGCAAGUGCUAGGCAAUGGCCAAACAAUUUAUCCCAUCCACUCUGGGGAAAAUCCCACCCUGAAACCACACGCACUUAUGAGAUUUCUGUCGUCUUGGAUUCGAUUCGUCUAUUUUAUGAAUAUGAACAACUGUCUCCCAAAAGCUGGGACAUCAGACAAGGACUGUUUCAGGCUCUGCUCCAUUUCCAAUUAAUUAGCCUGACUUUGAAGGCUCAUUGAACGUUCUUGAGCAUUUAUACCCAAAAGAGGCUUAUUCAUAGUGGUGCUAAUGGUUUUAAACCAGACAAUGUGCCCUUAUCUCUGAGAGAUACUGGAUACUGUCACAGUGACCACAAAGUUACUCUCCCAGUUCAGCGCCACCAUUUAUAGUGUCGGCUCUCUUGUUUCCGGAUAUAACAAAGAUCGCUUCAUGUUCACAAAUCUAGACUGAACUCUUCGAGGUGACAGAAAUAGCACAAGUUCAACUGUACUGUCGUGUUUUAGGGUGAAUUUCCCCUUCAGUCCAAACCAUUGCCAUCUCACCCAUGCUCAUUGCUAAAUAUAUACAUACAAUUGCAAUAUAUGCGUAUAGAUGAAUAUAUACUUGCAAUUUUCACUCAUUUGAACUUGUCUGAACAAUGUUAGACUGGAGACCUCAGCUGUAUACAGAAUAUCCCUCACACAGCUACACCCAGGUUCAUAUAGUCGUCAUUAUUAGCUUAUGUUCACCAACACGAGACUUCACCCCUGGCGUGUUGUCGAGUUUGGAGCAGACCGCAUGGCCUAGAGGGGAGCCUGGAAGCUCUUCAGACUGCAUGGAUGGCAGUGUGAGGCUCUGCUGUGCUUCCAUGUUUCUGCAGGCUGAGCACAGAGCUCUCUUCACUGCUGUCUGCCCAUUCCUAACACUUGCCCCUUUUUUUUAUGUUAACCGACUUUUUAUGGCGAGAGACAGACAGACUUGACUGACAUCUGAAAGCAUCUUUCAGGUUAUCAUAUGGCUUGCUUAAGCCCUGUUGUAAAAUAAACACAAAAAAAAACAUAAUAAUAAUGGAUGGGGGUCUCUCACAUAUCAAAUGUGGAAAGUCUAAUUUUAUAUUUGUAUUUUCAAAUAAUAAUAUUGACAAAAAAUGUCUGUGAAAGGUUUCCAUCCUCUACUGUGGUCCAGAAAUUGAUGUGUCUGUCUGGAAAAUAAAUAAAAUAAACUGAAUUGUUAUAUUA